AUGCUGCGGCGUGCCGUCGCCGCGCUGGUCGCCGCGUGCGCCGCGGCCGGCGACGCCCGGCACCACGACGCCUACGUGGCGUCGCUGGUCGAGCGCUGCGAGCCGCCGCGCGUCGGGCUCCGCGCCUGGGCGCUGCGCGAGCUCCGCGAGGCGAGCCGCGGCCCGGCGCGCGCCGCGAUCCCGCGGCUCGCCUGCGCGCUCGACGCCUGCUUCGACGCGCCGGGCGGGCCGGGCGCCUGCGCGCUCCUGCCGCUCGAGGCCUUCGAGCUCCGGCUCGCCGCGGCGCGCGCCGCGCUCGCGCCGCGCGCCUCCGCGGACGCCGCGCCGUCGACGCUCGCCGCGCCGCUGCUGCUCGACUGCGUGCUCGGCGCCUUCCGCGAGCCGGCCCUGCGCGCGGCGGCGCGCCUCUUCCUGGGGCUCGCGCUCGGGCGCCGCGGCGAUUUGGCCGGCGCGGCGCGCGAGUACCGGUCCGCGCGCGUCGACGCCGCGGCCGCGGCCGACCGCGGAAACGGCGCCGGGCCGGGCCUCGUCGACGCCGUCGACGUCCAGCUCGGCGCGGUCCUCGUCGCCGCCGGCGGCGACGGCCGCGACGAGGGGCUCGCGCUGCUCCGGCGCGUCGCGAAGCCGGCGGCGAACGCGACCGCCGCGGCGCCGCGGGCCGUCGUCGGCUUCGUGCUCGCGCGCCUCGAUUGGGUGGCGACGCCGCGGCCCGGGGAUUGGGCCGCGGCGCGCUACGGCGGGCCGCCGGCGGACGAGGCCGCGCGGCUCGGGCCGCUCGAUAGCCUCGGCGCCGCGGACCACGCGGCGCUCGGCGCGGCGCUCUGGCGCCGGGGCUUCGGCGUCGCGGCGCGGCGCCACUUCGACCUGGCCCUGGCCCUCGGCGACCCGCUCGGCGCCGCGCGCGCGCUGCUCCUCGCGGAGCCCGUGCCCGCGGGCCGGCGCUGGCUCGCGGCGCGCCUCGCGGCGCUCCGCGCGGGCCUCGACGGCGCGCGGCGCGGCGGCGCGGUGUACCGCUGCGGCGACGCCUUCGGCGCGGGCGGCGACGGGCCCUGCGCGCCGCGGACCUGCGACCUCGCGGACGUCGCGCGCGCGCUCGAGGGCGCGCCGCGGCUCCAGGAGCUCGCGCGGUCGCCCGACGACGACGUCGACGACCUCUUCGCGCACCCGUCGGUGGCGCGGGAGGCGCCGCUCCUCGCGCGCGCCGUCGCGUUCGUGCUCCGCGAGUGCCCGCCGGCGGGCUACGGCGAGGCCGCCGCCGCGCCGCGGCCCGCGACGGCGCGCGGCGCCAAGGUCCGCGUGGGCUUCCUGUCGUCGCGGUUCCGGCGCGGGCCCGUCGCGCGCGUGGCCGAGCACGCGCCGCUGCCCGCCGACUUCGCCGGCGCGCGCGACGCGCUGCUGGCCGCGGACCUCGACGUUUUGGUCUUCGUCGACGCGCCGCGCGACGCGCGCGCGGCGGUCCUCGCGGCGGCCGGCGCGCCGCGCUUCGCGCGCGUCCAGGUCGCGCUCCUCUGGCCCCACUUUGCCCUGUCGCCGGCGCUGCCGGGUUUGGACUACUACGUGUUGCCGGAGGCGCUCGGACACGAGGGGGACGUCGCCGCGGGCUUCGCGGAGCAGGUGGUGUUGGUCGCCGGCCUCGGCCACGCGCUCGUCCCCGACCCCGAGUCCGCGGCGCCGCGGCCGCGGCCGCGGCCGCGGCCGGGCCCGCGCUUCGUCGUGCCCGCGCCGCUGAGCGCGCUGCUCCACCCGGACGCCGACGGCGCCGUCGCGAAGCUCCUCGCGGCGAACGCGACGGUGGUGGUCGCGGCGGCGCGGACCAAGGCGGAAGGCUACGGCGCGGACGAGUUCGACGACGCCGCGGCGCACGCGGCGCCCGAGGCCGUCGCGGCGGUGCUGCGGCGGCGGCUCUGCGCGGGGCUGUCGGCGGUCGCCUGCGGCCGCCUCGAGCUGCGGGCGCCGCUGCGGCGGAGCGCGCUCGUCGCGGUCGCCUCCGCCGCGGACGCCGUGUUGGACUGCUGGCCCGCGUCGCGGCUCGACACGCUGCUCGUCGCGGCGGAGGCCGGCGCGCCCGUCGUCGCGCGGCGCCGGGGCCACCGGCCGGGCUUCGCCUUCGCGCGCGACCUGCUCCCGGCGGGCGCCGCGGUCUUCGGCGACGGCGAGGACGGGGUGGUCGACGCGGCGCUCGCGCUCGCGCGCGACCCGGCCGCGCGCGCGGCGGCGGCGGCGGCGAUGCGGCGCGCGCCGGCGGCGCUCGCGGGGCGCGAGGGCGCCGGCGACCUCGCCGCCUUCCUCCUCCGCGCCGCGGGCGCGGACGCCGUCGCCGCGGCGCCGCGGCCGCGCGGCGCGGCCGCGGCCGCGGCCGCCGCGGCCGCCGCGGCCGCGGUCGCGGUCGCCGCGCGCCUCGCGCGGCGGGAGAAGGGGAAAGCGGGGAGGCGGAGGAAGCGUAAGAGUCGAAGAACGUCGAACGACGCGCACGCGAUCCUCGAGGUCUUCGGCUGCGAGGACUGGCGGCGGCCGCCGGCCUACGACCGGCCCGGCUUCGACGUCGCGGGCCGCGACGUCCUCGACGUCGGCGCGCAGGUCGGGACCUUCGCGCGCCGGGCGCUCGCCGCGGGCGCGGCCUCCGUCGCCGCCUUCGAGCCCGAGCCGGCGAACGCGCGGCUCCUCCGCGAGAACCUCCGCGAGUUCCCGACGGCCGCCGUCUUCGAGGCCGCGGUCGUCGGCGCCGAAGGGGUCGACGAGGUGGAGCUCGUCCUCGGCAAGGACUACCAGGGCGUGGCCAACACGUGGCGCCACUCGCUCCGGGCAUGGACGCACUACUCCGGCGAUGUGGACGUCGCGACGGUCGCCGCGCUCUCCUUCGGCGCCGCGGUCGACCGCGCCGCCGCCGCCGCGGGCCGGCCGCCGACGUUCUGCAAGAUCGACGUCGAAGGCGCGGAGCUCGACAUCCUCGCCGCCGUCGACGACUGGCGCGACCUGGAUAGGUUGGUCGUGGAGUACUCGUUCACGAAGCGGAGGUCCCUCGCGGCGUUCCGCGACGCCGCGGACCGGCUCCGCCGCCACUUCCCGACGGUGGAGUGCGACCGGCUGCCGGACGCGGGGGACGAGUGGCCCCACCGCACGGACGCGCUCGUCUUCUGCAGCCGCUGGUGCGCCGAUAUCGCGUCCCAGGGCUACCCGCUCGUCGACGGCAAGCCGUUGAGCAUUUGGGUUGGCGCCGUCGCCGCGGAGUGCAAGAAGCGAGGAUGGGAGGGUUUUCGGGACUCCAAAGGUAAGCGGAAGAAGCGGAAGACGGCGUCGAAUGAGAAAGUCUUCAGCGACGCGGGUUUGAAGCGGCACGUCGAAGCGGGCGAGGACCGCGAGGACGGCCGGCGAACGGCAAAGGAUGGUAGCGCCGCGGCCUCCGACGACUACCGCGCGCGCCUAAUGCAGCUCCAGCGGAUUUAUUUCGAGAAGGAGUGGAAACAGGACGGCGGCGCGCGCGGCUACCAGACGAAAGUGGAGAUGCUGAAGGCGCAUCGCCUCUUCUGCAACCCGCAGAUAGGAACGAUGCGCUGCAACGUCUGCGACAUCGACGUGCGAAAGCGCGGCGGCCGCGUCUUUGAACAUUAUUUCCGUGUUCUCGAUGACGGCUCCAUCGAGUACUACGCGCGGGGGUUCCCGUGCUGCGGCGCCUGCAACACGAGCAUCAUCAAGGACGCCACGGACCUCGGCUGGGACAAGCUGGAGUCGGCCGUCGCGAAGCAGGCGGCGCGCGAGUGGGCCGUCUCGCGAAGACCGUCGCGCGUGCGUCGCACCGUCAUGGACCUCGCUUCCAUGUCAGCUGCGGAGCUCGCGGCGCUGGCAGAGCAGGUCCGCGCGGCGCGCGAGGCGCUCGAGGCGCGCGACGCCCACGCGGCGCAGGAGGCCCAGGAGGCGCCGGCGGACGCCGCCGACGACGAGGACGAUGCCGACGUCGAGGUCGCGGGCAUCGCCGACGCGCGGACGAACGCGACGUCCCUCCAGAUCGACGGCUCCUCGCGGCCCGGGUCGCAGCUGUCGCAGCUGACGACCGUGUCCUCGGGCGCGCUAUCCGAGUCCGAGGACGACAUGGACCUGGACGCGCGGUUUGUCCCAAGGGAGAAGCCCAUCCACGACAACGAGGUCACGCUCACGGAGGGCAAGAAGUACGGCACCAUCUUAUACCCCGCGGAGGUCGACUACGGCCACCUCGAGAACGGGAUGUGCAAGGCCCCGGUCAUGUGCGUGGGGUACAUGCCGUUCCAGCAGUUCAACCCGAGGGACGGCAGCGGCGAGAAACGGGUCGCCGUCCACAACUCUCUCCUCUUCCAGCCCGGCGACCGGAAGCCCAAGGAGUUCGUGGGGACCUACGAGGACCUCGCGCGGCUCUGGGCCGCGGGCGUCGAGACGUCGGUCCUGACGAAGCUGCGACGAGGCUGCGUCUUCAGCUGGGUGCCGUCCGACCCGGCGCCGGCCUGGGUGACGGAGCGGCUUGGAUUGCACGGCGACGACACCUUCGAGUACCUGAUGCUCUGCUUCGCGCUCAACGUGCGACCUUGGAUUCCCUUCAUGGGCAUCAUGUUCCGCGAGUGGACGCGCUGGCUCGCGGAGAUGUGGAAAUCGAAAAAAGGAGCACCCCGCGCCCGCGCCAUCUCCAACUUCAACGAGCGCUGCCUCGAGAUCGCGCGGGGCCAAGGCCCCCGGGCCCCGCCGGGACGUCCCCCGCCUUCGCAGAGCUGCAUCAUCCCCGGCUGCAAGUUCGCGGGGUCCGAGCUCGACCACCGCGCGUGCACGCGCAAGGCCACCGGCGCCAUGUGCCCGCACCACAACACGGGCAUCGCGACGGCCUACGAGGCGCUCGGCGCGCGCCGCGCGAUCGCGAUGGCGGAGCGCUCCGUCGGCCACGUCAAGAGCGUGGGCGAGCGCUUCGCCGUCGCCCGCGGCGAGGGCGAAGAGCCGCAGCCCACGGGCCCGCAGGGCGGCUUCUACUAG